GACCGUGUAGCGUUGUUUUUGUAUUGGUUUCUCAUCGCACAAAUAACGGUUUUCAAGGACUUCGGCGCUUAGAGGUAUUAGUCGACAGGAGAACCGUUUCAUUUUCGUAUGUGACGGUUCGCUUGAUGCGCAGACUCCUGAGGCUACUUCAUCCGCGCAUCCCUGACAUCCAGCCCAACAUCCUCCACUUUUUGAUUUCGGACUGUUUGUGAAGAUGAAUUUAGCGUCCACAGUGGAAGGGCGCAGGAGUACCAGAGGAUGGUGGCCGAGAGGGACAAAGAGAUCCAGUUACUGGAGCGUCGAUCCGGUCUCCUGGAGGAUGAAUUGCGGCUUUUCCGCAGACAAGGAUGCGCCUGCAGGAUGUUUGCGGAUGAACACGACGGCCUGGUCAGAUCGGAAAUAAUACAGGAAUUCACAAAGGAGGAGGAAAGCAACUUUGGGUCCAGCAGCAACGAUAACCACAUUACCACAGAGCAAGAGUGUGAGAUGGGCAUCUCAUUGGGCUUUUUAGCAAGACCUCCUUCACAAAUCUCCCAAAGUCACAUGCCGGCUCCUUCUUCAUCUCCCCCCAACUCAGGCACUGAACAGACCUGCACCUCCCACUCCUCUCAAACCUCAGUUGUAUCAAACAGCACUAUAAACUGUGCCCCAUCACCCAAGCGGAUGGUUAAGGAGGAGCCAUGUGAUAUUGAUUCAGUCUUAAUCAAUUGGGAAGUGAGUGAACAGCGGUUUGAGGACCACCCGGAGAGCAUAAGCGCUUCAUGUGGGGAAAAAGACGGUCCCCUUUUAAAAGGUAGCUGUCUAAACAGAGAGAGGCUACGAAAGUACAGGGAGAAGAUGUAUGCAGAUCCAGCCAAACACUGUGAAUACAAGCAACAACAGUUCUCAAAUAAGAGGAGCGUACCAAUGUCAGAGCUGACAGAAGAGGCCCAGACGUUGAAGCGGGCAGCCUGGAGAGCAGCCUCCAGACGGUAUUACGCCCGCAAGGUGGCCCGUCAACAGGGGGCCCCCAUGCAACCCGGCCCUUUUCCCCAGAAUAGCAGCCCACUGUGUUUGCCACGGGUUGCUUUUCGAGAAAAGAGAAGGAAGACUCUUAUAUCUGAGCUGCCUGCAGAAACACAGACCAUGCAGAGGGAGGCGUGGAGAGUGGCGUCCCGGAGGUACUACGCUCGAAAAGUGGCGCGCCUCCAUGCAGACCCAGCACCAUUCUCUCUCCUGAUGCCGAACACAGAGACGUGUGGAGAGAUCAUCGAAACCAACCAGGGUGACUCCCAGGCUAACAUGAGCGGACUUGGAGGUACUAUGUGUAGCUAA